GUUAUACUUUUUAUUUUGUAUUUUGUCUUUACUUUUUAAUCUUUUUAUUGUCAAUCACAUAUUGCCACUAGUUGUUUUCCUAUUUUUAGUUGCAAAUGGACAAAGAGAGAAGAAUCCAACUAUUUAUUUCUUUAUCGGUUUUCUCAUCUACAUUUUUCCAUUGCCUACUAUUUUUUUUUUUUUUCCUUUUCUUUUGAUUUUUAUACCGAGAGUUUGGAGAAGAAUCCAAGUUCUUUCACUCUAUUUUUUAGAUUUUUUUUUCAGUCCCAACAAACUUUUCUGCAUCAAGUACCUCUCUCUUAUCUUUCACCUUGUUCAACUUCGUGUGUAAUCCAUCGAACAGUUAUGAAAGAUAUUCUUGUAUAGAAUGUUCAAAUUAUGUGUAACAUAAUACAUAGUCAUGCUAUAAGUAGUUGGGUAACAUAAUCAAGUAUGAGUUUAUUAUUCUCACCUUUUUUUCAUUCCGCAUUUCAAUUCUUACUCUUUGCAGGAUUUAUCUUUAACCCACGAUCCCUUAUUUUUGUAUCUUUACCUUUGGGCUUGCCCAUUGCAUUCUUAAUGAACCACAAUUGAAAAAAAAAAUGAUGUUCGGAUUGUGAUCUUCCGCUAAGGCCACUCUCUUUUCUCGUAGUGUAGGAGGAUUAGGGUUUCGGUUUGUCUCAUUCUUGGGGGUCAUGUGAGACCUGGAAACCAGUUGUUUUUGCCUUAAUGAACAAACACCGCGUUCAAUGUUUAGCUCUAUUCAGGAAAACCCUAAUCGUUAACGGAAGCGGAUAAGCACUGCCCGUUUUCAUUCUGAACAAGGAAACAAUCAUCAGAUUUAAAAUUCGGGUUGAACAAGGGGUAUAAAAGCUUAUUAAAAAAAAGUAGGAAAAAAUGCUUCACUUUCACCCCAGGGCCAGUAAAACAUUUAGUGACCGUUUGGGUUAUAAAAUUGGACAAAAAUGAUCCACCCGACCCAUGUACACCCUAACUAGACUGUGCCAAUUUUCAUAGUGCUUUGUUUAUAAAGUUCUUAGUUAUUGUGCCACCAAACUCUUCAAAUUGUGCUAGAGAAUACCGAACAAAGGUGGAUCUUGUACGGGGUGGGUAUAUAGAUCGACUAUAGAGUUAAGGUGGGUUGUUCUAGAUUAAUUCGGGACGUCACGUUCAGUAAAUUUUUUAUUACUAUUUGGCGUGACGUGGUGUGUUGACCGGACAAAAUUUUUUUAAAAAAAAUCGAUAGAUAUAAACAGUAUGACUUGAUAUUCGCUCCAGCACGUUCCGUACAAAAAUAAUAAUUUUGUGAUCGUUUUGUAACAAAUGCAAAGAUGCCUGUGACCGUUUCUGAAAAUUACCCAUGAUCGAAUGGUUAUUGCUAUAUAACCACGAUUGAGCACCCGGUCGUUCUUUCUUCUCUCCUCUGUCGCCAACAAAACUUAGGGUUUCUUUUCGCUCUUCCCCUCUGCCCCGAUCGAGAAGCAAUCCAAUCGAUCAAGAUCCUCCAAUCCAGCUCGCGCGCUCUUACAUAGCUUCCUCUCUUGCAUAUAUAUAUAUAUUAACCCUUCCUCGUUCCUUCCAUGGCUAGAACCAGGGGAGGCCUCACCCGCCGCAGCACCAAGCCCGAAGGUACUGCUAGUGCCGCUGGUCGCACGAGGCUCGAGUCCUAUACCAUUCCAACCACCACCUACAGAGUGGGCGAUUGCGUGCUGAUUAGUAGACCUAAUGCGACUGCGGAGCUCCCGGCGGCCUUGGUUGCCAGAAUCGAGGGCAUCGAUUUCUAUUCCGUAAACAAGGUCGAUGUCCACGUCAGGCGGUACUACCGCCCUGAGGAGACUUUCGAAGGGGCUCAGAGGUUCCAUGGCAGAAAAGAGGUCUUUCUUUCCGACCACUGGCAGGUCGUGAGCGUCCGCGCCAUCGAGGGCAAGUGCACUGUUCACUCCUUGGAGGACUACAUGAAACUUGGGAAUGUUGGUGCCGCGGACUACUUCUGCAGAUUCGAGUAUGCGCAUGAAACUGGAGCCUUCCAUCCGAACUAUGUUCCUGUGUAUUGCAUAUGUGAGAUGCCACGCAACCCGGAUCUCCCUAUGAUCCAUUGCCGGGAGUGUCGCCACAGGUAUCAUCUAAAAUGUUUGGGAGUGACAAUUGAAGAAGCCAAUGGAUUGAACUAUGUUUGCUCUGAAUGUUCCUCUCGCAAAGAAUGUGUUUCCAGCGUCACCAACAGCUGAUGUUAAGGUGAGGUUUCUUUUAACCAUCCAGUUUCUGUACCAUGUUAGGUGUGCUUCGUGACUUGCUGACAUUCUUCUCGUGUGCGUGCUAAUUUGUGGCCGCACGUUGAUGUUUCCCCAACAACAUCUUGUGCUUCUGCAUUUCUUAUGUUGCUUUCAACUUUGGGAUCUUUCCUUGAUUUCAUCUUUCCUGGACCGUGUGUUCCCAUCCACAGCUCUCUCUAUACGUGGAGCUCCUAUGACAUAUUCAGCCACUAUUUCUCCUUUGCUAAUAAAUGUUUCGUGAGUGAUGCAAAUCAGUAUGGAUAUAUCUAGAUGAUAUGGCUGAAUUUGAUGGGUAGGGAACAUAUUCUGCAUUGAUGGUUUAGGAUAUAAUCAACAGACGCAUGCAUGCUUUAAAUAUAUAUUCACAGCCAAUGCAAUUAAUUAAAAGCGUCAUUCUAUGUAAAAGUGGUUUGGUGAUCUAUAGGAAUAAUGUCUUAUAUAAUUAGAAAUGCCCAGAAAAUAUCUUGUUCGUUAAGCAGAAACAUGGGUGCAGUGGCGGAUACAUGGGUCUUUAGGGGUGUUCCGGGACACCCCUAAAAUUUGGAAAAACGAUUAUCCAACCCCCAGUAGUAGUUUUGAUGGAUAAAAAAAAAUAUAAUUGGUAAUCCGGGACACCCUUAAAUUUUGAAAAACGAUUAUCCUGUCAUCGGUAGUAGUUUGCGUAUGAUUAAAAAUAUAUAAGUAGUACUCUGUGUUAUUCAAACCUAGGUCACUACUAUUAUUAAAUAUAUUCUCUAGGUUGCAACUCAUUUGUUGUCUUAUUUUAAAAACUAUUUUAUAGUAAUAACACUAUUCUUUAUUCCCAAUUAUUUUCAAAACCUAACGAUUAAACUCAUUCGAGCUAUCCUUAAUUUGAAUUGAUUUUAUAGGUAUAGUGCAAGAGUUGAAAGAGUCUUUCAAGUUUGAGUUACAUCAGGAACAAUGUUAGAAAUUGAAUAUGCGAUCAGUUCGAGAAUUAUUGUCUAAUAUGGUAUAUUUGCACUAAUUAGAUAUUUUUUAUUUAUGAAUUAUUUAAUUUAAUUUUCAAUUAAAUUUAAUUUUUGGA